AUGGACGCCCAGAUCGAGAAUGCGAUCGAGAUCGCCUGGAACCCCGCGUCCGACCAGGCACUCAAGGGCCAGGCCUUUGACUUUCUGAACCAGGUGCGGGACGAUGCCCAGGCAUGGCAGGUCUGCGUCUCCCUCUUCACCCGAUCCCCCCGAUUAUCCCCCGUCGCCCGGCUGGUCAGCCUCGAGAUCGUCAACCAUGCCGUCCACUCGCAUAUCCUCGACGCCGCCAGCCUCGGGUUCCUCAAACAGUCGCUGUUCGAAUAUAUCAACCGGAUCUACAGCGGGGAUUCCCCCCAGGACGAGAUCGACCCGGGGCAUCUGCAAAAUAAACUUACACAGACCCUGACGUAUCUGUUCGUCCAUUUAUACAAGGAAGGCUGGGAGAGCUUCAUCGACGAUUUUUUGGCCCUCGCGCGCAAGGAUAACAACCUGCCCGGGGUGGUCAUGUACCUGCGGAUCCUGGGCUCGGUCCACGACGAGAUUGCCGACCUGAUGCUGAGCCGGCCAGACCACGAGGUGAAGCGCAACAACGACCUGAAGGACCUGAUACGGGAGCGGGACAUGCGCAAGAUUGCUCAGUCGUGGCAGGACCUGCUAGCACGAUACGGCAACCAGCAGAACGACGCCGUAGUGGAGAUGACGCUCAAGACGAUCGGGAAGUGGGUGAGCUGGAUCGACAUCCAUUUGGUUAUCAACCAGGAGAUGAUCAACUUGGUGCUGCCGUUGGUGGGGAGGACACACGCGGCGGGCAGCGAGGAUAAAGUGCGGGACGCAGCGGUAGACACGUUCACGGAGAUCGUGGCCAAGAAGAUGAAGGCCAGCGACAAGAUCGAGAUGAUUACGUUUCUGAACCUGCGCGAGAUCGUGUCGCAGCUGCUAGCGAGCCCGCCGCUGAACGAGUGGAAAGGCACCCCCCGGUACGACACAGACCUGGCAGAAGCAGUGGCCAAGCUGGUCAACACCAUCAGCUCGGACGUGGUGCGGGUGCUGGAGGACGACAAGGUGGGCCACGAGACGCGGGCCAAGGCGGAGCAGCUGCUGCGGGAGAUGCUGCCGUCGGUGCUGCGGCUCUUCUCGGACGAGUACGACGAAGUCUGCUCGACGGUGAUUCCGUCGCUGACGGACCUGCUGACGUUCCUGCGGAAAGCUGGCCCCCUGCCGGCGACGUACUCGGAGAUGCUGGCGCCGAUUUUGAACGCGAUUGUGCUCAAGAUGCGGUACGACGAGACGUCGAACUGGGGCAACGAGGACGAGCAGACGGACGAGGCCGAGUUCCAGGAGCUGCGCAAGAAGCUGCAGAUUUUGCAGAAGAGCGUGGCGUCGGUGGAUGAGGGGCUGUGUAUCGAAUUUUUGAGCAACCUAGUGGGCAACAUGUUCUCGACGCUGGAGCAGCAGGGGUCGCAGAUGGACUGGCGGGAUUUGGAUCUGGCGCUGCACGAGAUUUACAUGUUUGGCGAGCUGGCGCUGCCGAACACGGGGCUGGCGCAGAAGAGCCAGCCUAGCACGGUGGCUGCCGAGCGACUGGCCGUCAUGAUGAGCAAGAUGGUCGAGUCUGGCAUCGCCAACUACCACCACCCCGCAAUCCUCCUGCAGUACAUGGAAAUCUGCACGCGGUACUACAACUUCUUCGAGGACCAGCAGCGCUACAUCCCGCAGGUGCUUGAGAACUUUGUACGACUGGUGCACCACGACCACGUGCGGAUCCGGACCCGGUCCUGGUAUCUUUUCCACCGCUUCGUCAAGACGCUGCGGGCGCAGGUCGGCAACGUGGCUAAGACGGUCAUCGACUCCAUCAGCGACCUGCUGCCGAUCAAGGCCGAGGUCCCCGGCACUGACGCCGACGAGGACAUGUCGUCGGAUGAGUCGGACCACUCGGCCGACGCCGUCUUCAGCAGCCAGCUCUUCCUGUACGAGGCCAUCGGGUGCAUCUCCUCGACCGCCGCCACACCCCCGGCCGACCAGGGCCUCUACGCGCGGUCAGUGAUGGAGCCGCUCUUUGCGGACAUGAGCGUGCAUAUGGAGCGUGCCAAAGCGGGCGAUACCCAGGCCAUCCUGCAGGUGCACCACAUCAUCAUGGCGCUGGGGACACUCGCCAACGGCUUUUCCGAGACGCAAAGCGGCAGUGGCCAACAGACCAAGAAGCCGCAGCCGCACGAGGCCGUGUCCAACGAGUUCGCCAGGGCCGCCGAAGCGAUCCUCAUCGCCCUGAACCAGCUCAACGCCAGCAACGAGAUCCGCGCGGCGUGCCGGUCCGCCUUCUCCCGACUCCUAGGCGUGCUGGGCUCCGCCGUCCUCCCCCAACUCCCACAAUGGAUCGAAGGGCUCCUCUCCCGCAGCUCCAGCAACGACGAGAUGGCCAUGUUCCUCCGCCUACUCGAACAGGUCGUCUACAACUUCAAAGGCGAGAUCUACAACAUCCUCGACGUCCUCCUCACCCCCCUCCUCCAGCGUGUCUUCGCGGGCCUCUCCGAACCCAUCACCGGCACCGACGACGAAAUCCAACUCUCCGAACUCCGCCGCGAAUACGUCUCCUUCGUCCAGGUCAUCCUCACCAACGACCUCGGCGGCGUCCUCAUCAGCGCCGCCAACCAAGCCACUUUCGAAUCCCUCGUUUCCUCCAUCAUAAACAUCGCCAAAACCCUCACCCACGGCAACCUCGUCCCCUCCCGCGUCGCCUUCAGCUCCCUCGCCCACAUGGCCUCCCAAUGGGGCGGGCCCGAUAUCGUUUCCUUCGGCAACACCGACCAAACCCAACCCACCUCUUCCUCCCCGAACCCCACCAUCCCGGGCUUCGACCAAUUCAUGCUGGAACAUUUCCACGGUCUAUGCUGGAGUGUCCUGCAGGACCCGGGGUUCCGCCCCAAUACCGACGCCCAGUCGCGGCAGAUCCUGAGCGAGAUUGCUGGGAUCCAGCAGGUGCUGUAUGCGAAAACGGGCGAGGCGUUUGUGAAUCAUCUGAGGGGGGUUACGUUCCCGCAGUUGGGGAUUUCGGAGGGUGGGGAGGAGUAUGUGAGGGUUUUGACGGGGAGUCGGGAGAGGAAACCGGUAGUGGGGUGGUUGUUGGGGUUGUUGAAGGGGAGGAGGUAG